CUCACCUCCCUUAGUAGGCCGUUAUGGCAUCUGGGAAAUGGUCGCGAACAAUUAAUCUUCUGUGUUUAAGCCUCCUCACGCUCCUCAUACAUGCGUGUGGGGGGAAUGUGGUGGUGUUGGAGAAUGAGGGAGGUACGGGACGGGAGCCCUGUGUGGUGGGGGAAAAUGGAGAGAUGGUGAAUUGUGAUGAUACUAUUGAGGUGAGGUACGACCUCUUAUGGAACUCAAACAUCGCGACAUACGAGUUCAAUGACGACCUGGCCUCCGUCCCCUGCUCCAACGACUCGGUGUGCAGGGCGUGUCUGCCGGACCUCGAUGUCGCUCUCAUGCAGAAUUCGCCGCUCCCGACGGCGCCUUUCUGUGACGUUGACAGAAACGCCACGGAGCCUGGGCGGUGCACCUGCGGGGAGGGCCGCUGCGUGUCCUACUCCAGGGACAUGAGCACGAGUUCGGUCUACUACUACUGCGGUCCUUGUGGUUGGGUCGGAGCGCGUUGCGUGGAGAGCAACUGCACGCACGAGCAAGCCAAAUGCUCCAAUGGAUACUGCGAAUGCGUGCAAGGUGGCCUCUUCUACGACUUGAGUGUCUGCUAUUACCCUUCCUUCGGCAAGACCAUGAUAAUAGAGAUGUUAGUCAGCUCCCUCAUCGUUGUUGCUAUGUGUGGCGUCCUUGCCUUCUCCUACAACAGGCUGUCGAGGUCUCGUCAACGUGAUGAUGGUUCCUCGACCUUUCCCUGGAGGCGUGGAAGUGGAUCACGUGAGUCUCCAACAUCAGAUACACCGCCAACAUAUGAUGAUGUGGUGGACAAGUUGCCUUCAUAUCAAGAUGCACUCAAAAUGAGCCCAAAGGCGGACGACAACGGAGGCAUAACGAACUUCGCCUUUGAGAUGGAACUCUCGCCCGCCCCCCCUCCUCCUUACGAGGAAAGUCAGAAAAGGAAAACGGAGGAGAAAACAACAGUCACAGAAAACGGGCGAAAAGUCCAGCUCGCCAAGGAAAUACCUGAAGGAGCUUCGCCGACACAGACAAACCCAUCGGAAAGACAUGAGGUUCUAGGCCAGCCGAUCGAACAGGCACUUCAAAAUGCUAUGCACGAUCUGCAGCGUGGCAGUACGAACUAGUGUGCUAGGUGUUAGUCAUACAGCAUGUAUCUGUCAGUUAUAUGAAUGAGAGCAAACUGUCAUAACAUGCCUGAGCUAAGACUUCUGUUGGCCAAAAGAAUAAGGCAAAGUUAAUCAAGUUAUAUGAGAUGGUUAAUAUUUCAUUAUAUAUA